AUGAACAGAAGAGGAGAAUUAUGUCAUCCAGGCUUCGUACUGUUCCGUUGUCCGGGAGGUGGUCGAAGCUGCAUGCGCCUUCAUCGAAAUAAUUGGCGAUCCGGUUGGUGCACAAUCAAUCCUGGCGUCAUCUACGUUUGGCCACUGGACAAGCAGAUCAACACCGAGAAUCGCCUAACGACGCCACUCGAUCAAGAAGCCCGAGUUUCUGAUGGUUCACUGCAAGGCGAUCGUAUGGUUUGGGAACUGGAGUCCGGCAAACACACAAUCCAUUUCGCACAUUUUGACCCUCUCGUCUGUCGGGGAUUCAUUGCAGAUAUUCGACUUGCCAUCGAACGUCCAACACGAUCAGCCCUACAGGAAUUCGAUCAACGACGAUCCCUCCGAUAUGAUGGUCGUCGUGUAGACCGAGAAGUUCAUGAGCGAAUGCAGUUGGAGACCGAGAAGCGACGAUUGGAAUUCGAGUUGGAACAAGAGCGGUUGGCACUGAAGGACGAAGAAAUCGUACGAGGACUCGCCACG